AUGGUGAUUACGCAACCGGACGUUAAGAAAGGGGAUGUGAAACCAUGGGUAGAAAUUAUUCAAGGUAAUCGAGAUUUGAAUAGAGGAAUGGUCGUCGAGUUUGUGGCUCCACAACUCAUUAAUGGAAAAGAGAUGAUUCUCAUCGAGGAUAGUGAUGUGGCGGAUGAACUGUUGCAUUGGGAGAACGCGAUAAUUCUUUUUGCUCUGGGUGAGACAUUGUCUAUGCACGCGGUGAAGAGUUUUAUGGAGAAAUCAUGGAAUUUCGUCUCACUACCAGAACUGUAUUACAAUGAGGCUGGAUAUUUUAUUUUCAUAUUCAAAAGCUUAGAGGACCAGAGUAAAGUCAUGGAACAAGGACCUUACUUCAUAUACGGUAAACCUCUUUUCCUUAAGUACUGGUCUAUUGAUUUUGAACUUAAGGAUGAUCUGCUCAGGGUUCUUCCAUUGUGGAUCACUUUACCAAAUUUACCAUUACACCUUUGGGGAAAGAAGAGCAUCUACAAGAUUACUAGUGCUCUGGGGAGACCAAUCAUGACGGAUGAAUGUACGGCCCAAAAACUGCGCAUUUCUUAUGCCAGAGUGUUAGUUGAAGUUGACAUCACUAGACCUGUCAAGGAAUCCAUCUGUAUAAGCUUGAAUGGAAAAGAUUGGGAGCAGAAAGUUGAAUACGAAUGGAAACCCAAAUAUUAUCAAUCCUGUUUGCGUAUUGGACAUGACUGCGCAGUGAAGAAACCAACAGGAAAACAAAAACCUCAACAAAAAGCUUGGCAACCAGUCAGGAAGCAAAUUGUCCCUGUUGAGGAAGGUACAACUUUGGAGGUUGUGGUUGAUGAACCUGUGCAAGGAGAUAGUAAGAAAGCCACAUAUGAAGGUUGGACCCAAGUGAUAUCUAGAACUGAUAAAGCGAAAAAGAAGAUCAUAUUUACUCCCCCGGAGGAUAUGGAUGUACUGAAUGUGUUCACCCCACUGGGAAUUGGAGUUGUUCUUGCUGGGGAGAGCAGUACUUAUAAAUGA